AUGCGUUGGCGGGGGUCCGUUGAGCGUGGAUGGUGUUGGUCGGGCGCUGGGGAUGGCGGCGCGGCGCGGGCGGCGGGCGGGGAGCGGGCGACGGUGAGGAAGGCGGGGGCGGGUGUGAUGCGCGCACACGUGGCGCUGUUCGUGGCGUGGUGCUGCGCGGUGCUGGCGACGGGGGCGGCGGCGGCGGCGGGGGAGCUGCGCGUGCUGCGGGCGGACGCGCGCGCCGUCUUCUUCGUGGGCAUCGCCGCGCCGCCCUCUGCGGCCGCCGCCGUGCGCGCGUUCAACCGCUCGCUCGCUGAUAUCUCCCGAACGCACUUCGCCGGCGACUACCCGCUCUACCUACGGAACAUUACGCUGCAGCCGCUCUAUAUCGAGCUGCCCGAAGAUGAAAGG